AUGGCAAUAGAUUCUGAAAUACCUUCCGCAUUUGCUGUCCGACGAUGCAAAGCGAAGUUUGUCACUCCGGCUAAGCCCUCGCCACAUGAACGUAAGUUAUUAUCUGACAUCGACGAUCAACAAAGCCUUCGGUUCCAAGUUCCGUAUAACCAAUUUUAUAGGUUUGAUCCUGCCAUGCAAGGAAAAGACCCAGUUAAGAUUAUUAGGAGGCGCUCCAAAAAAACCCUAGUAUUUUAUUAUCCGUUUGCUGGUAGACUAAGGGAAGGGGUUAAUGGUAAGCUUAUAGUGGAUUGCACUGGUGAGGGUGUGUUGUUUAUAGAGGCGGAUGCCGAUCUUACAGUUGAACAAUUUGGUGCUGCACUUCACCCUCCAUUUCCUUUCUUUGAUGAACUCCUUUAUAAUGUUCCAGGUUCUGAUGAGACGUUAAAUUACCCAUUGUUGUUAAUACAGGUAACACGUUUAAAAUGUGGUAGUUUCAUCUUUGCAAUCCGGUUUAAUCAUGUAAUAUGUGAUGGUACCGGUAUAAAACAAUUCAUGUUCGAUAUGGGCGAAAUAGCACGAGGCGCAAGCUCUUGCUCGAUCUCAUCAGUUUGGGAAAAACAUCUCUUCGAUGCUGAAGAUCCACCACUAGUUACAUUCAAGCAUCACGAGUAUGAUGAAGUGGAAGCCACCGCCGCCGCCACCUGGCCAUCGGACAACUUGGUUCAACGUUCCUUUUUCUUUGGCCCCGAUGAAGUUUCAGUUCUUCGUAUGCUCCUCCCAACCCACCUUCACAAUUUCACAAAGUUCGAACUCCUAACAGCUUGCUUAUGGCGUUGUCGAACCAUUGCUCUAAAUCUCGACCCUGACGAAAAGGUCCGCAUGCUAUGCGCUGCAAACUUACGUCCUAGAUCCAAUCCCUCAUUGCCGUCAGGAUAUUAUGGGAAUGCCUUCGUCUUUCCCUCUGAAAUCACAACAGUUGGAAAACUUGUCCGUAACCCACUAGGGUAUGCAGUGGAACUAGUGAAGCAAGUCAAAGCAAACACGAAAAUGGAAUACCCGAAAUCAGUGGCAGCUUUAAUGGUGAGUCGGGGUAAACAGCUCCACUUACCUAACGUUAUGGGUUCAUACAUCAUAUCAGAUUUAACGAAAAUGGGAUACGAAGAGGUCGAUUUUGGAUGGGGUAAGGCAGUGUUUGCAGGGCCAGCAAAAGCUCUUGGAGUUAUAAGCUUUUUCAUAGAAAGCAACAAGAAAGGAGAAGAUGGAACAUUGGUACCAAUUUGUUUGCCAGCUCCAGCCAUGGAAAGGUUUGCCGAUGAAUUGGACAUUUUGAAACAGCAGCCAAUGGAGGAUAAAAAGAGUUAAUCAAAACUAUUUUCUGCUUUGGAAA